AUGGGUUUUGGAGCACCAAGAGGAGGUAACAGAGGAGGCCGUGGCGGUAAGUCCGGUGGUUUCGGUAGCAGAGGUGGCUUUGGUGGUGGCCGUGGUGGUAGAGGUGGUUCUGCAGGCGGUCGUGGUGGCCGUGGUGGUGCUAGAGGUGGCUUUGGUGGUGGUCGUGGUGGUGGCCGUGGUGGUGCCAGAGGUGGUGCUAGAGGUGGCCGUGGUGGUGCCAGAGGUGGUGCUAGAGGUGGUGCUAAAGUGAUCAUUGAACCUCAUCGUCAUAGUGGUGUUUUCAUUGCCAGAGGUAAGGAAGAUCUUUUGGUGACAAAGAACAUUGCCCCAGGUGAAACUGUUUACGGUGAAAAGAGAAUCUCCAUCGAAGAACCAUCAACUCAAGAAGGUGUUCCACCAACCAAGGUUGAAUACAGAGUCUGGAAUCCUUUCAGAUCCAAGUUGGCUGCCGGUGUCAUGGGUGGUAUUGAUGAAUUGGCCAUUGCUCCAGGUAAGAAGGUUUUGUACCUUGGUUCCGCUUCCGGUACUUCUGUUUCCCACGUUGCUGAUAUCGUUGGUCCAGAAGGUGUUGUCUACGCUGUUGAAUUUGCUCACAGACCAGGUAGAGAAUUGAUUGGUAUGGCCAAGAAGAGACCAAACGUGAUUCCAAUCAUUGAAGAUGCCCGUCACCCACAAAAGUACAGAAUGUUGGUUGGUAUGGUUGAUGCUGUGUUUGCCGAUGUUGCCCAACCAGAUCAAGCUCGUAUCAUUGCUUUGAACUCCCACAUGUUCUUGAAGGAUCAAGGUGGUGUUAUCAUCUCCAUCAAGGCUAACUGUAUUGACUCUACUGUUGACGCCGAAACCGUUUUCGCUAGAGAAGUCCAAAAAUUGAGAGAAGAAAGAAUAAAGCCUUUGGAACAAUUGACUUUGGAACCUUAUGAAAGAGACCAUUGUAUUGUUAUUGGUCGUUACGUCCGUGCUGGUCUUAAAUAA